GUCAUUUAUCAAGCAGUGGGUUAACGCCGGUGCACACCAGAAAGGUCAGUUACAUCUAUUAAGUGAUCGGUUUAAAGCGGCACAAACGCCGUCCGACAAGAGCGGAGAGCUUCGGGUUUCGGUAUCUGCUGAUCAAUACCACAAACAGCUGAUCCCCGUAACCCGAGGACGUCGCAACUCGUUGGAAUAAUGGCGACUAUGAGACAUCUUCGGCGAGUGGUGACGGCUACGCCUUCGUUGAAAUCCGCGAACUAUGGGACCGCGGUGCAGACCAACCCGGCGGAACCGCCCGGACCAAACAUGAAGACUGACUGUCCUGGGCCAGAGUCACUGAAACUUCUAAAGGAACUGGAUGCUAUUCAGAAUACCGGUGCAGCUCAGUUUUUCGUGGACUAUGAUCGUAGUCAAGGCAACUACAUUGUCGAUGCCGACGGCAACGUUUUAUUGGAUCUUUAUACACAAAUUGCUUCUCUACCUCUAGGUUACAAUCACCCAAGUCUGGCCAAGGCUAUGUCACGACCAGAAAAUCUGUCUGCAUUCAUCAACCGCCCUGCCUUGAGUGUGUUCCCACCAAAAGACUGGCCGCAGAAGCUACAGACGGCAUUACUUGCUGUGUCACCGCCGGGACUUAACCAAGUGCAGACGAUGUCUUGUGGCGCAUGCUCAAUUGAACAUGCGCAGAAAGCAUGUUUCAUUACCUACAAUAGCCGAUUGCGCGGUGGCAAAUCAAUUACAGAAGAAGAGUUGCAGACUGCUCUGAUGAACAAGGAACCUGGAUGUCCACCACAGACUGUAAUGUCAUUCAAGAAUGCAUUCCAUGGCAGAACCAUGGGUGCCCUAGCACUGACUCACACAAAACCAAUUCACAAGCUUGAUCUUCCCCAGCCAGACUGGCCCAUAGCAGAUUUCCCUCAGCUCAAGUAUCCGCUGGAUGAGUUCACCCGUGAAAAUAGAGAGGAAGAAGAUCGAUGUCUGGCUCAGGUGAAAGAUUUGAUAGAGAAAUACCAAAAACAAGGAAAACCUCCGGUGGCUAUAGCCGUGGAGCCAGUUCAGAGUGAAGGGGGAGAUAACCAUGCCUCUGCAUAUUUCUUCCAAGAACUGCAAAACAUCACCAAUGAGAACAGCAUGGGUCUGCUGAUUGACGAGGUUCAGACGGGGUGCGGCAUCUCGGGGAGGAUGUGGGCUCACGAACACUGGAACCUGCGAGAACCCCCCGAUAUCGUGACCUUCGCCAAGAAGAUGAUGACUGGAGGAUUCUACUGUAGUGAUAAAUUCAGACCCAAAGAAGCAUAUAGAAUUUUCAACACAUGGGUGGGCGACCCGUCAAAGGUGGUGCUACUGCAGGAAGUGGUCAACACAAUCAAGCAGCAGGGUCUUCUGGGAAAUGCUGAACAAGUUGGAAACUAUGUAACGAAGGGACUGGAGGAUGUACAGAAAAUGUACCCUGGACUGCUGAAAAAUGCCAGAGGUUUAGGAACCUUGAUUGCCAUUGAUUUCAAAGAUCCAGCUUCAAGAGACCAGGCUUUGCAGAGGCUGAGGAAAAAAGGUAUUAAUGUGGGCAGUUCUGGAAUUCAGACAAUAAGACUGCGACCAACGCUAGUUUUUGAGAAGAAACAUGCUCACAUAUUCUUGGAGAUCUUUGAAAGUGUUGUCAAAGACAUGCAGAAGUAGUAGUUCAAAAGACUGAACUUGUUAAAUAAGUUCUUUUUUUAAUGUUAUUUUUCCAAUAUUAAGCAGAGCUAUACCAAAGUAUGGGAAAUGUGCUUAUGCACUAGGGCCUACCCUGAUGAAAACCUCAAAGUCCCAUUUGUUUUUGUUAUGUUUUUUGAAAGCAUUACAUGUUUUCUUUAGAAAUCCCAGUUAAAAACAAAACCAAAACAUAUGCAUGCUUGCAGGCAUGGACACCUAGAUUGUGUAGAAAUCUUGAUUAAGGGUCUAUAAGUCAUUGUUUUAUUGUUAUUUUUCCAAUAUUAACCAGAGCUAUACCAAAGUAUGGGAAAUGUGCUUAUGCACUACCCUGAUGAAACCCCCAAAAGUCCCAUUUGUUUUUGUUAUGUUUUUUGAAAGCAAAACAAGUUUCUUUAGAAAUCCCAGUUAAAAACCAAACCAAAACACAUGCAUGCAUGCAGAUAUGGACAUCUAGAUUGUGUAGAAAUCCAGAUUAAGGGUCUAUAAUCCAAUAAUAAUUAAUUUUUUUAAUUUAUAAAGUUGACAGGUUUUUAUGACCAAGUGACCAGAAUCACAUAAGUUCAAUAAAACUGUGUACCAUAUGAUUAAUAAAGUCAACGUUUGAAAAACAAAA